GCACAGAACGGUUUAUACAGCGCAGAUGUGUGGCGGGUCAUGAUCCGUGCACUAAGCAGCGCUUUCGUCAUUUAAUGCAAAACGGCCUUUGGUGUUAAAGAAAUGUUGAUAGUACCGGGCGAGAAACCUAAGGUGGUCCCCAAGUGGUCCCGGAACUUCGAGACUUGUAGGAGUCCUGCAUUUUUACCGACAUGUCCGUCCGUCAUAGAAUCGCAUUCGCCGCGAGCCCGCUUCUGCUGCCUUGAGGAGAGGGCAAGAUUGUAUUUGACUAACUUCGGUUUGUUGGUGGGAGGUGCUACCUGAGGCACGCCGUCAAUUGUCCGAACCGCAAACAUGGGUUCUGACACGACAGUCCGAUAGUUCCU